GCCGGGUGCGGAAUGGCGGAGAAUCCGGCGGCCGAGGAGGCGGCCCCCGCCGCGGUUCUGGCGGCGGCGGGCAGCGGCGGCACCUCGGCCGGCCCGGGCGGCGGCGGAGCGGGCAGCCCCGGCGUCUUCAUCCCUGCUGAGUUGUGGGCGGCGGCGGGCUUCGGCGCUGCGACGCAGGGCGCCGGCGUCGCCCCGGGGAGCGGUGGGGCCCCCAUCGCGGCGGCCGCGGCAGCCGCGCUCCUCACGCACUCCGCCUUCUGGGACCCCACGGUCAGCGGCGACUGGGAUAGCGAACGGCCCAGCCCGGCCUGCCUCCUGCGGAUCAAACGGGACAUCAUGUCUAUUUACAAGGAACCACCCCCGGGAAUGUUUGUUGUGCCUGAUCCCCAUGACAUGACCAAGAUUCAUACAUUGAUCACAGGCCCAUUUGACACGCCUUAUGAAGGGGGUUUCUUCUUGUUCCUGUUUCGCUGUCCUCCAGAUUAUCCCAUCCACCCACCAAGGGUCAAACUGAUGACAACGGGAAAUAACACAGUGAGGUUUAACCCCAACUUCUACCGCAAUGGGAAAGUCUGCCUGAGUAUUCUAGGCACCUGGACAGGGCCUGCGUGGAGCCCAGCACAGAGUAUCUCUUCAGUCCUCAUCUCUAUCCAGUCUCUGAUGACUGAGAACCCCUAUCACAAUGAACCCGGCUUUGAGCAGGAGAGGCACCCUGGGGACAGCAAGAACUAUAACGAGUGCAUUCGGCAUGAGACCAUCCGAGUAGCAGUGUGUGACAUGCUGGAAGGAAAGUGUCCCUGUCCUGAGCCCUUACGGGGUGUAAUGGAGAAAUCCUUCAUGGAAUACUAUGACUUCUAUGAAGGGGUGUGUAAAGAGAGACUUUAUCUCCAAGGACAGAUAAUGCAGGAUCCUUUUGGUGAAAAACGAGGCCACUUUGACUAUCAGUCCCUAUUGGUGCGCUUGCAAGGAAUUCGUCAGAAGGUGCAAGAGAAACACCAGCAGGAGAAUACAGAGAUAGACUCUGAGAGCAGCUCCUCUGAGACAGAGACAGACACUCAAAGUUGCUCUAAAGCUUAGAGCUUUGCUGCCACUUGUCCUGUCUCACACCAGAGUUCCCCUGACAGACUCGACAACCAACUCAGCGCCAGAGUGGAGGCAACUGCGGAGUGUCUCCUGUCUCCUUGUCCUGCUCUAGUGGAUAACGCUGACUGAGAUUUCUUGCUAGGAAAAGCCAAGCUUGUGACAGGCUACUCUUCAAAGGUACUUCCUCUGCUAGAAAGCCAGAGAUUGUGGCAUCAGGGUUUUUUUUUUUUUUUUGAAACACCCUGAUGCGCGGGAGCUUUCCGGAGUCAAAGACGUAUCCUCAUGGAGGUAGAGUCAGUGCUCGUUUAUUAGUAAUACACACUGAUAUUUAUACAUUAGUACAGAAUUCAGGUGAUAGUAACAUAACAUUAAUUGGUUACAUCUGCAAAGCAAUAUGCUACUUGGCACAAGCUAAUUGGUUAAUUGCUAAAGCUCACACUCUUAGUUUAAGCAAAAUCUCAGCACAGCUGUGGUUAAAAAUAUCCUGCUUUUACUUCUUCUCAGCUGCUCACUGUUUUCAGGCAGUCUCCUCCUGGCAUGUGCCCAAGGUCAAGCUGAUCUGGCUAUCUGUGUGAAAGCUUGGACUGUGCAAACAUGCUUCUAACAAAACUCAAUGUCCUGUAUCAGCAAGAAACUUCUCUACAAACACCUACACUGGUUGUUUUUCCUUCUUUUUGGGUUUUUUUUUUUUUUCCUCCUCCAUUUGAUUAUAGAAUGAGAUCUAGACUGUAAAUUCUCGUUACAGCUUUUCUGUUCCUAGACACUGAGCCCUUCCCUGGGGCCAUGCUGAACGUGGAGCUGUAGCUGUGGGAGUGCUUUGAUGAGUCCAGGAUGUGACAGGGUGUGACAUCACAUGCCCAGGCGAAACCUUUGCAUGCGGGUUUGGAGAGAUGGAGCCUCUCAGCUCUGUGGAGCCCAUCUACCUGAUAUCUUUCUUCUAGACACUGUUCUAGACAGACCAAAGAUAAAGAGCAGUGGCAGAACCUGGGCUUUACUCUGAAAGCUUUACUCAAGCUCUGAGUGACUUUGUCCACUAAGACUUCAGGCACAAAGGGGCAGAUGAAAAGUGGAAACCUCAAAAUUCCGUAAAUAGAGUGCAGGUGUGUUCAUCCUGGUGUUUUGGGAAGGGAGAGUGAGGACAUCAUUGGUCAGAGAUGAAGGGAGCACUUAAAAAUAAGUUUAGCUUGUGUAUUUUUUAAGGUGAUUAUUUGAAUUUAGCAUUCUAUAAAUACUUUAUUCUGACUGCUCUGAACAGAGCUGAUUUGUUUCCUUAACUGCAGUACUCUUUGCUUUCCACCUCUCUACUCAGUGUAAUAUUUUAUUUGCCACCUCCCUCCCCACUGCUACCUUGCUGCAUCACACUGAAAGGCAGCUCUAGCUAAGGAAGCCACUCCUUCUGGGUGGAGUUUUUCAGAGGUGUACACCUUUUACUGACAAAUUCCUUUACUCAGUGUUGUAAAGUUUAACUCUGACCAUUCUAGACAGCACUUUUUUACUGAGGGAGGGCCAGUCUCUUGGGGAUAAGCCUGCUGGCUGCCAGUGCCAUUACAUCAAGAUAUAAUCAGUGUGACUUGGAUGGUGGUGACGUACAGUUCCUCCAGUUCCUUCCCUCAAGAGAAAGCUGGACUUACAUAGGACUCACUCAACACCUAGACCAGAUGAGAGCAAAUAAAGCGGUGUUCACCUUGAAGUGAGAUCUUUGGGAGGCAAUGGGGUCUCCCGAGAAGUCAGGAGCCGUGUGCUGUUUCACCACCUCUUUAAUCCCAUUGUAAAUGUCACCAAUGUUGUUUUUCACCCUUCAGUAGCAUCGUGGGUAGAGCUGUGACUCUGCUGCCUGCCCCAGGCAGGGUGGCUCUGAAAUCAAUGUUUGAUGCAUGUGGCGUUACCAUCUACCAAGACAACGAAAUGAGAAAAUGCCUUAUUGUGGACACUAUUCACAUAACUAGCAUGUUGCUGUAAGAGAAGUAAUAGUUUUAUAGUUCUAAUGUUGUCUGGUUUACCAUUUCUGAAUGUUUCCAUUUCAAAGUGACAAUCCUCAAAUGACUGCUUUAGGGAGAGAUAUUUUAGCAAUAGAUUGUUAGACCUAAUUGAGUUGAAAAAAUAUAUGCACAAGAGUCACUCUAAGAUACCUUGUUUAUAUACUAUUGUACAUAAGAUUUUUUGUGCAAUAAAGUUUGUUUUGGCAGAA